AUGAUGGGCCCACAUCAGAGUGCCCACCCAAAAAGGAGAGGUCUCAAUGAUGACAUAUCCCAGCAGUGGGUGCUGCAUAUUCAAGAGGAUGUGGUGAGGGCAGCAAUGAAGCUGUUCCACUGGACUGCAGCUGUCUGUGGGAGUGGCUCUGUACUGCGAGAACGGGAUGCCCAAGUAAAGUUCAACAAGCAGUUGAAGGAAGAUGAAGCACAAAGAGAAACUGUUUAUGCUGUUAAAAUUAAAGAAGAUGCCGAAUUAUUACAUCGAGAAAAGUUAGAUGAAAUUGCAAAGAAGAUAUGCAAGUGUAGAAAAUAUAAAAGGGAAAUAAAGCAACAAAUUGAAGAAAAUGAACAAAGAAGAGAAGAAGACCAGAUAGGAGAGAAGGAAGAGUUAAAAGCUAUAAUCAGAGAUGUUCAGAUUGCAGAAGCUAAACAUAAAGAACAGGUUCUCAAGAGGAAGAAUGACACUAGAAAGUUUUAUAAAGAUGCUUUAGAACAAGAUAGGCAAGUGAAAGAGAAACUGCGAAAAGAUGAAGAGGAUGAAGAAAGGCUAAUGGAAAUAUGUGCAGCUGUAAGGCAAAAGAUGGCAAGACUGGGAAGAGACAGUAUAAAAGCGCUAAAGGAUGAGGCAGUAAAAAGGAGAAUUUUACUGGCUGAAAUUGUUGCAACAACACAGGAUUCCAUUCUUGCAGCAGAGCAAGAAUGCCUUAAUAGAGCAAUUGUAGAGAAAGAAGCAAGAGCAGAAGAAGCUAGAGAGAAAGAAGCUGCGUACAGGAGAAGACUUGUUGAGGAAAUUAAAGCAGCAAGGAAAGAUCUGUUAGAUAGAGAGCAAGAAUUUAAAAGAAAGGCUGAGGAAAUUAAAAAAUGGAAUUUAAUACAAAGAUACAAACAAGAUGAAAUGAACAGAAUAGCUGAACAAGAUGAGAAGAAGAAUCACAGGGAAACGUGUCAAUCAGUCCGGCGAAACUAUGAUGAACAAAUGGUGGAAUUUAAUAAUGAAAUGGAAAGGCAAAAGCAAGAAGAGCUAGACAAUUUACGAAAAAUUAAAGAAAAAUGGAAUGCUGAAGACAAAGAAUUCCUUACUUAUUCUAAAGAUGUCAUUGAAGAAUCAAGAGAAAAAAAACGGAAUCUGAUACCACUGGAGAGAGUUGUGAAGGCAUACAAAAAGAAGAAUCAACUUGUGAGUAUCCAGAGAGAUGAUCCGCUGCAAAGAUCACGUGUUCCUUUUGGACCUCGGUACACUUUUGAGCCAGAGCAAAAAACAUUUUUAAAGGAGGAGUCCAUGGUAUAGUAAAAUUUAGUCUGUUGCCAUUGACAAAUAUAAAAUAGUUGGCAUAUAUUACUUUGAAAUUUGUCCUGUUAAAUCAUUCAAAUGAAGAGUAUGUCUUCAUAGUAUUAAUAAUAAUAUUUUGUGGUAUUGUCAUUAUAUCAUUUAGUGAAACUGAU